AAACGGCAGUGUUUUUCGGAUUGGCGAGCAAUCAGUUACGGGCACCGUACGCUGAAAAAAAGAAAAGCAGAACGAAAACAGACAGAACUCAACACGAUGUGGAUCGCGAACGAACGCACUAUCUGCGCACUGAUGCCACUGGUGAUUUUGGCGACCUGGCAGCUGUGCCUUCUUCCCGGGACGGAUGCCAAGCACUUGGCCAUCAGAUUGCGCGACCCUCAAAGCGAAAUCGAAUCGGAAACGGUGCCCCUAGCCCAUGUCCACAGCCACAGCCACACGGACGAGAGUGGCGUUCGCGGUGCUGCUGCAGUGCAUCGUCGGGAGCGGCGGCAACUCUCCGAUUGGCUAAUUGCGCCCAACACGCGGUGGUGCGGACGCGGCAAUCUGGCCAAUGGAACGUACAACGAUCUGGGCGGCGCUUCCAAGGCGGACAAAUGCUGCCGGAAGCAUGAUCACUGCAAAAUGUGGAUCGAUGGCAUGUCCAAUCGCUAUGAUCUCUUCAACUAUCGACCGUACACGCUGUCACACUGCAGCUGUGAUCUACGGUUCCGCACGUGUCUGAAGAUGGCCGGCGACGAGGAUGCGAACGCCAUCGGAAAGCUCUUCUUCAAUGUCGUGCAGACGCAGUGUUUCGGCCUGAAGGCCGAGACCGUUUGCGUUCAGCGGGGCGGCUCCGGAAAGGAGACCGAUCCGUGCCUCAAGGAGGAGGUGCGUCACAAGGCCUUCCUGCGCGACAACAAGCGGUUCUAAGAGACCUAGUUGGCCCACGACGACCGGCAGGAAUUUGUGUAUCCCAAAGUCGCCUGCCCGCAAAAGGAGCUAACCAAACAUACCGCCACAUAGUGCUGCAAUUGGGUUUGAAACUCAAUGGGAGAGCAUGGCAAAACACCAUCAUCAUCCGUACUUAGAUGAACAGAUUGUGAGAGGAGGAGGAGGAGAGACAGCCAGAGACACCACGUCUAUGUAUUAGGCUAAAUUACCAACAUAUUUAUAUGACUGUCAAGUGCUAUUAUAAUGCGUAGUAGUCGAUACGAUGUACUAACACACCUAGUUGUAGUCACUCAAUCUAGUUUAGGCCAACGAAUCGAUAACAGGCUGCCAGAAAACCAAGUUUUUUUUAAACUAGCUGUAGACCCCAUAGAUACCCUAUAAACCACCUGUGCGUAAUUAGUUGUAGGCGUAGUAACUUAAUAAAUGAAAUUUCCAAAGAGUAAAAGCAUAUCAUAAGACAUAUGUACAUGAUUGUGAUUGUAUUGUGCAAAUACGAGCUCCGUAAACCGGCAAUCCAGCAAUCCAUCCAUCCAUCCGCUGUGGAAUGUCGUACUUUGCACUGGGCACUCGGUAUCAGCAUCCCAUCCAGCCAGCCAUAGUAUACGCGUAUGUCUGGACUGUGAUCGCCGCAUUGACGUAGCUAUUGCCCAUCCAGAUGACCCGUUGACCCAUGGAUCGUAAGCUCGCCUCUCAAUUGGCUACCACUUCUAGGUCAGAUGCGUCAUGGUGGUGACCUCUGCGAGCUCGAGAAGGAUUCAUGGAUUAGUUCAAG